AUGCAACACUACUCCAUAUCUCCUGCGGAGUUAGGUGAGAAUCCGUACCAGAAGGCACUUGUGAGGUCUCUAGCAGGUACUUAUGUUCACUCUGGAAUAGGAUUUGAGAUGGCGCUCGUCGACUACACUUCAUACGUGCCUGGGCUGUUCGAUCGUGCAGUGCAAGGCAAUAUAGUUCAACUUCAAAACUUUAUGAAUGAGUUUAUCUUGAAGAUUUUGUCGGAAACGGAUUACAACACUGAGCUGGCCUGGGCGAUACCGAUGCAAGAAGAUGUCGCCGAACAUGCCCGAUACUUCAUCAUACUACGCGACGCAAAACCGAUUUCUUAUGGGGCAGUGUCGACGAGAGAGACCAAUGAUGCCAUGAAGAGAGAAGUUGCUUGUCGAUUUAACCAGAAAGCCCUUGUGCCUCUGAAACGUGAUGGCGGGUACAUAUCCGUCACUGCUAAAGAAGACAAGGCUUUGAAAGUCGAAUUUGCUAUAGUAUAUCGGGCUGAGCAAGGUGACCCUCGCGUCGACCCUGUGCUGGACGGGCCUGGUAUGAGUACUAUCGAACUAAAAGAGGAGGAUAGCGAAAUUGUUAGGGUUGAGAAGGAGAAGUCUUUCCGGGCUUUCCUUUUUGAGACCAUCCAAGAUCUACCUGUUCCUGAAUAA